GGAAGCAAAACGAAUCGGUGUUUAGACGUGAAAAGUUGGAAUGCUGUAACUCGUGAUGUUUAAGCGAAUUAUAAUUCUUUGUUGUUUUCCUUUUAGUUGAUUCGUGUAUUGUGAACGAAGUGUGUCUUGUGUCUCCACAAGAAUGGACAGAGGUUGAAUUAUAGAUUCAAACCGCCAAUAUUUCAGUCGGCUGCGCGUGUUAUGUCGCGAGCUAGCUAGUAUUAGCUGUCUGGCCUGAAGAUAAGCGAGAAAAGGCGCUUGAUACUGAAUUACAGAAUAUUCUUCGUAUAUCUGUGUCAUCCGGGACGGCAUUGGUCUGAAGAUACAGCGGAAACUGAAUGAGACGCGUGACUCGGAGUUGUGGUUGCUGACUGAAACGCAUAAUACUCGUCAUUCAUUACAUACUGCGCUAGCCACACCUCAAUUAGAGAUUUUCUGUACGUCGCAGCUGUUGCUGACGUGUGGUUCAGUAGCUUGGGCGGUGUAAACAUGUCUCUGGAGCGGAAUUCCUGGGCGUUGACGGGCGCCACUAUCGCUUGCGUAGCAGCUCUCUACCUGCCGUGCGCUCAGAAGGCUGUCCCGGGGGGCGAUUCAGGAGAGCUGAUCACCGCUGCUUGUGAGCUGGGGGUGGCGCACCCCCCAGGUUACCCCCUAUUCACCUUGCUGUCCCGUCUGGCCAUUGCGCUGCUGUCCCCGCUUCCACCCGCCCACAGCGUCAACCUGCUAUGCAGCCUGUUGGGGGCGAUGACGAGUGGAGCCCUCUGCUUUACCGUGUGCAGGCUGGUCGGCACAGGGCCGGGUGCAGUGCUGGCUGGGGGAGCGUUUGCCGUGUCCCGGCUGACCUGGCAGUGGUCAGUGGUGGCGGAGGUCUUCUCCCUCAACAAUCUCUUCGUGGGGCUGAUCUUCGCGCUGGCCGCCUGUUUCCACUGCGCCAAGAGUGCCAGUGACAGGAGCAAGUUUGCCCACUGGGGGGCGUUGUGUUGUAGCCUCGGCUUAUGUAACCAGCACACUUUGAUACUCUACUUGCUGGUCAUCAUUCCAUGGGUCCUGCUGCGGCUGCAUGCCUUCAAGGAGCUGUCACUGCGCCUUCUAGGAGCCCUGGGCCUGUGCUUUCUCACCGGCUUCCUGCCCUACCUGUACCUUCCCGUCUCCUCAGCCUUAAAUACGGCCCGCUGGAGCUGGGGCGACCAGACGUCGCUCUGGGGCCUGCUCACUCACCUGCUGAGGGCGGAGUACGGCACGUUCAGCCUGGCUAAAACUGAGAGUGCUGGAGACCUUAUCAGGAUACUUCAGGCCCAGCUGGAGCACUGUAUGCUUGACCUCUCCUUGCCCAUCUUGCUUCUGGCUGGAGCGGGCCUGCUUCUCUCAUCCCUGGACAGGAGGCAGUGCAUCCUACCCUGGCUGCUGGCUGCCAUGGCAUCACUGUACUCACUGUUCUUCUCCUGGAGGGCCAACCUUGACAUCAGCAAACCUCUGCUUCUGGGAGUGGUGGAGCGCUUCUGGCUGCAGUGCGACGUGGCGCUGUGCGUGCUGGCUGGCCUGGGCCUGGAUGCGCUGCGGGCGGCGCUGGAGCGGUGGCUGGCCCGGCGGUGGCUGUGGACGGCCUGCGGCUGGGCCUUCAGCGUGGGGCUGCUGGCGCACAUGGCGCGCUCCAACUACAGAGCAUGUGAUCAGAGUCACAAUGACGUGGUGGAGAGAUUCGCCCGUGGCGUUCUGGGCUCCAUCCCCCACGAUUCCAUCAUCCUGACCCGGGGCGACCUGCCGGGCAACACAAUGCGGUACUUGCACUACUGCCAGGGGCUGCGUCCGGACCUGCGGCUCAUUGAACAGGAGGUGAUGACGUACAGCUGGUACGUAGAGAAGCUGGGCCGCCAUCAUCCAGGGGUCCGCUUUCCCGGGCGCUUUUGGGACCCCUUACGCACACAGGAGAAGAACACGUUCAGUCUAGAGCAGUUUCUGCUUCACAACUCACAGAGGAACGUGUUCACCUGCAUCGGCCUGCCGGAGGGAGACCCUAGCUGGGAGAGGAGCUUCUCCCGCUGGCCCUGGGGCAUCUGCGACCAGCUGGUGCCCAUCCAGACCCGCUUCCACCCCGAGGAGUGGGCCCAGCGCACCAGAGACAUGUACAACUGGACCGAGCCACACGACAGCUUCCAGCCCAGCUCCUGGGAGAAGGUCGCUAACGAGGAAAUGUGGCAGGCCAGGAUGAAGACAGCCUUCUUCUUGUUUGAGCUGGCAGAGAAGGUUUCAGAGGAGAGCAAGGCCCGGCUCUAUGAACUAUCCUACCGUUUAUAUAAGGAAAUCGUAGACAUGCAUGAGAAUCACCCCACCAAUUGGGACAAGAACCUGGCGCUGGCAAGUGAGAGGCUGCUGAGAGUCGGGGGGCAGGGCCACGACACUGACAGCCUGCUGACUGAGAGCAUCGAGUCUUUCGGCCGCUACUUGGACAAGGAGCCCACGGACCCGCAGGCCGAGGCCAUCCACACCGCCGUUAACCACCUGCACAAAGAGAGGCAGAGGCUGAGAGCCAGCCGGAGCAGCACCUGAGGCCAGGGUCAUGUCCAUCGAUCACUUUGAGGCGGCCGGAGCCUGUUCAGUGAGCUUUUCCUGUGGGGCCAAACCACUUCUCAUGUGUGAGGGUUUCAUGUAUGAAACUGGCACUGAAGGCAGAUGUAUGAUAUGUGUGACAUAAUGGGGGGGGGGGGGGGGGGCACUCAGGUGGGUCGAAUCAGUGGCCAUGACAGACUUUUCGAAAGCCAAUCCCUGUUGCUUGUUAUGGAAAUAUCUAGAGCAGUGCUUCGCAAUGCGGUCCUCGGGGACCCACAGACAGUUCACGUUUUUGCUCCCAGCCAGUUCCUGCGAAGGAAGCAAAAUUGUGGACUGUCUGGUAGAGAGCUUGGAGGCAACAAAAACAUGGACCGGCUGUGGCUCCUCGAGGACCAGAUUGGUAAACACUAAUCUAGAACAUAUGCCUUUAGGAGCGGGACUUGUGCAGCAGGCCGGCAGGCCGGGCUUUACCAGGCGGUCACUUUAAACGGUCCGGCUGGCCUGCCACUCUGGGUUUUAUGGCUGUAAUUGUGGCCCCCUGGGACUGCCCGCUGUCCACUUCUCCUCUGACAUGUUACUGCCGCCCUCAGAGGGGGUCGGGGAUUAGAGCGGCCAGUUAAUCUGGGGCAGACUUGCACUAGUGUGGGGCACUUACGCCCCCAUCUUGCUGUUGUGAUUUAAACGCAAAAAGCUAAUGGAUGUGAUGAGGUUUGGUUUUUUUGACUUGGCACUAAUCCCUGGUGGAUUUAAAGGAAAUAUGAAAUGUCAGAGCCAGAGACCCUUUUAGAGGCUCCCUGGAUGCUGGCCUGUCCGCCCCGUGACGGACUCCCCCAGGGCAUUCUGGGAGCACAGGAGCUCAGGUGCAGGCAUACCUCUGACUGGACCGGAGGCUGCAUGGCAGACUGGCACGCUGGCCUGGAUCCCCCAGGUCAGGCUCUGUGGUGUCACUUGCUGGUUUGGUCCAGAUCACUAAAGGUUGCUAGUCCUUUUAAAGGGACUAACUAGGUUAAAAACAAGCACCAGCUGUUUGAUGAUGAGGCUUUGCAGGUACUUCCGGAAUGCUUAACACAGGGAACCUUGACUGGUUUUAUUCAAUGGUCUGUGAAUGUUUUUGUAGAUGGUAUGUGACUGUCACAUUUUGCUCAUCCUGCCUUUGCUGCCUGUGCAACAUGCCUGGGUCCCCAGGUAACCUCAUAAACUGUGUUCAUCUCAGCAGCCUUCAGUACAAAUUGCAUUUUCCGUAUGUUACCCAUAAUUCCCUGUUUUUUUAAUGUCAAUGUCCCAGAUGGCCAAACGAUAAACUUUCAAUUUGGAGGGGUGCCGAUGUGUAUGGGGACGCUACCAGAAGCACAGUCCUGGCUGGCUGUUUAUAUUAUGGUAUGACUGAACAAAUAAAAUACGCCAAGAAAUGGUUGAUAAAAAGAAAAGUGUAAUAAACGUGUCCACGUGUCAUCACCUGCGUCCGUGUCCCGCUGCAUCCCUGCGCUCAUAUAUCAUGCCCCUAGUGGCCUGCAGAGGGAAGAGCGCGCUGGCCAGUCAGCCUUAAAGCUCGCUUCCUGAGACUCUGACUCCCCAUCGACUUCGGAAGUCGUCCUGUUCGGCGUGGAGCGACGCUGCCAGGGUCUGCCCACCCACUCAUUUAAAUAACUAAACGAGAAGAAGUGGAAGGCGAACGUGACUCUUUAAGUGAAGGAUGAAUGAGCUGCUGCUGCGUUCAGUGCCUGCCGCUGCUCAUUAAUGUGUCACAUGUACUGCUCUGAGUUGGGCAUGCUGUUUGCUAUAAAGAUAAGGCUUCAUCCCUUUUCAGACAAGUGUACCAAUGUAGAUAAAUCACAACUUUUCAAAUUCGUAAUCCUUUUUAAAAAUUCCUUCUUUACUCAUCCUGGCACCAUGUGACAUUGUGAAUUAAACGAUAGCUGUACUUGGGUGACCCAGACCUAUUGGCUCUGUGCUGCAUGACGUGUGCACGUAUAGGAACAGCCCCCCCCCACCCAUCACCGGCAGAGCAAACGGCUGCUUCUGACCCUUGGGGCGUUUCACUCUUGGAGUCGGCCAGCGACGGGGAAAAUAGAGACCUCAUCAAAAUGUAAUUUUCCGUGAGUUGUAAGAGAAGAUCGGUCCGGUCACGGAUGGGUCUGUCGCCUUGCGUCAUUCCAGGAAAAAAAAAAACCCUGGAUUAAACACUCUA